UGGCUACAGUAGACUAGCUUUCAGCUUUCUACCCAGACAGCCCCGAUGUCGCAAACCCUCCAUUAUUGAACGGAAAUGAGUGUGAGCCAUUACAAAACAUCUGUCCUGUACGAGGGAUAUGUCUCAUCAUGUCCUGUCGCAAUGACAACGGUUUGCUAAAGUACAGGUCCAGAGACGAGCCCAGAGAAUACUUCCUGCUCACCCUCAGCUCCUCCACCAUACCUGAGACAGGACAACAAAGGGCACAGAGGAAAGGGGAAGUGGUACAGUUAAAAGAGUCCUCCUCCAUCUGCAGCUCUGCAGAACGCAACACCCACCUCGCAACAACGACCACAGGGGGAGAGAACGGCCAAACUAACGACGAGAGACAAUGACAAGACGGCAGGAGAGGUGAACACAGACGGAGACAACUCAACAAGGAGCAAGAAGAACAGAACGACAGACCUGAAGAAGAGGAGAACAAGAAGGUGGUCGUGUUACGGUUGAGAUGGAGCUGUGGCGUCACUGUGCCGUGUGGCUGAUAGAGUGCAGGGUGCUCCCUGAGAGUCACAGGGUAACGUGGGACAGUGCUCAGGUGUGUGAGUUAGCCCAAGCUCUGAGGGAUGGAGUCCUGCUCUGUCAGCUGCUGAACAACUUACUACCCCACGCCAUCAACCUCCGAGAGAUCAACCUCCGACCUCAGAUGUCCCAGUUCCUGUGUCUGAAGAACAUCCGUACGUUCCUGGGGGUGUGUCAGGAGAAGUUUCACCUGAGGAAGACGGAACUGUUUGAAGCCUUCGACCUGUUUGAUGUCAGAGACUUCGGCAAGGUGAUAGAUACCUUGUCCAUUCUGUCCCACUCACCCAUCUCCACCCAGAAGGGUUUCCAGUCUUUCCCAAUAGAUGGCUGUAUUACUGAUGAUGAUAUCUACAGCGGCCUCUCUGACCAGAUUGAUGAAACAGUGGACGAGGAUGAUGACCUUUAUGACUGUGUGGAGGAUGAGGAGAAUGAGGGGGAUGAGAUAUAUGAAGACCUGAUGAGGGCCGAUGAGCCAUCGGAGACGCAGCAGCAGCAGAAGAUGGAGGUGGAUAAGAGAGAAUGCUGCCUACAGGAGAUCAGACAGACAGAGGAGAAAUACACUGACACGCUGGAGUCCAUAUUACAGCACUUUAUGAAGCCCCUCCAGAAGUUCCUUCAGCCUCACGACAUAGAGAGUAUCUUCAUCAACACAGCGGAUCUGGCUGUAACCCAUCGCAGUCUGCUGGGGGAGAUCCAGACCUCUAUCUUAACCCUGAAUGCUGAGAACCUUUACCAGGUCUUCAUCAACUACAAAGAGAGGUUGUUGCCGUAUGGGCGGUACUGCAGCCAGGUGGAAGCAGCUACUAAACACCUGGACAAGAUGUCCGCCAUGAAGGAAGGAGUCAGAAUGAAACUAGAGGAGUGCUCUAAGAGGGCUAACAGUGGCAGGUUCUCUCUGCGUGAUCUACUCAUGGUUCCCAUGCAGAGAGUCCUCAAAUACCACCUACUGCUCCAGGAGCUGGUGAAACACACCUCUAGCACUACAGAGAAAGAAAACCUUCGGACAGCUCUAGACGCCAUGAGAGACCUGGCUCAGUGUGUGAACGAGGUAAAGCGAGACAACGAGAUCAUCAAACAGAUCACCACCUUCCAGUUGUCUAUAGAGAACAUGACUCAGUCUCUGGCUCUGUUCGGACGACCCAAGAUAGAUGGAGAACUGAAGAUCAGCUCCUCAGAGAAGAAGUCCAAACAGGACAGGUAUGCGUUCCUGUUUGACAAGGCGAUGCUAGUGUGUAAGAAGAAGAGUGGAGAGACGAUGGAACUGAAGGAGAUUAUAGACCUGCAGAACUACCAGCUACGAGACGAGACCACCGGGGAGAAGGACAGCAAGAAGUGGUCACAUUCUUUCCUGCUUAUAGACUGUUAUGGGAAGUCAGGAUACGACCUGUUCUUCAAGACCAGAGAUCUCAAGAAGAAAUGGCUGGAGCAGUUUGAGAUGGCCCUGUCCAACAUGUGUCCAGAGAACUGUACUGCCAACAAUCAUGACUUCCAGAUGCACUGCUUUGAAGAUACCACCUCCUGCAAGGCCUGCUGUAUGCUCCUCAGGGGGAUAUUCUUCCAGGGGUAUCGUUGUAGUCGUUGCAGAAUGGCCGCUCAUAAAGAAUGUCUGGGAAGAGUACCAGGCUGCGGACGCAACUCAGAACACUCAGCGACUGUGAAGAAGAAUAAGAAGUCAGCUUCUCACAGACAAGCCAGUACAGGCUUUCCUAAAAUGGAGGUGUGUCAGGAGUACUAUGGUUUGCCUCCGCCCCCUGUAGCGUUCGGCCAACCACUGCACCUCUCCAUGGGUGAUGUCAUCGAACUGACAAGAGCCGAUGCCGAACUAACGUGGUGGGAGGGCAAGAACGUGACGAUUGGUCAGAUGGGUUGGUUCCCCUGCAGUAAGGUCCAGCCCUUCAUCUCUAGAUCAACUCCUGACCUAUCCGACUUCCUAUGGUUUGCGGGGAACAUGGACCGGUCAGCGGCGAAGAACCUCCUGAUUUCACGGUCGGACGGAACGUUUCUGGUCCGCCAGAAAGACGGAGGAGAGUUCGCAAUCAGCCUCAAGUUUAACAUGGACAUCAGACACAUCAAGAUCACGUCAACAGAAGGCCUCUACCGCAUCAACGAGAAGAAAGCAUUCAAAGGAUUAAUCGAGAUGGUUCAGUUCUACCAGCAACAUUCACUGAAGGAGUAUUUUAAGGAUGUGGACACCACCCUCCAGACCCCCUUCAACCAGCCUGAACAGAGUGAUACACCCUUCAACACACCCUCCCCAGGUGGCAGUAUGCGUUCAUUCGGCACAGCUAGGGCCAGGUAUGACUUCUCAGCCAGAGACCGUACAGAGCUGUCUCUGAGAGAAGGAGACACAGUCAAAGUCCUGUCUAAGAAGGCUCACAAUGGAUGGUGGAAAGGAGAGGUCUAUGGACGGGUCGGUCUGUUCCCAGCUAACUAUGUAGAAGAGGAUUACUCUGACUACUGCUGAUGUCGCCUCAUAUCUCCACCUGUGUGACUCCUGCUGAUGUCACCUCACAUCUCCACCUGUGUGACUCCUGCUGAUGUUCACUCACAUCUCCACCUGUGUGACUACUGCUGAUGUCGCCUCACUGUCACACCUUCACCUGUGUGUGAAAGAGACAGUGUGUCCCAAUUCAAUCCCUACCCCUUCCCUUGGCCCUAACCAGUGCAGUCAAAAAUGUGAUUUUUACUGUUUGUUUUUUCAACAAUAUUUCCACACUAUGAGGUUGAAAUAACACUCUGAAAUUGUAGAAAAAGUGAUGAUAAUGUCCUUGUAGCAUUUAGAAAACAAUGCUUGUAAUUUGGUCAGGUGGGAUGGAGAUUUUGGCCCACAGCAUGACAUCACAAUCUGAUCCCAUUUUUCUGACCAAUGACCAGUCAUCUUUUAUUUGCAUAUGUAUCCUCCUACUUUGAAGGGGUAAGCAGGGUAGGCUCUAGUGCAGGGAUGGGCAACUCCAGUCCCACUUUUUCCCAAGCAAACACAGCUGAUUAAACUGACUGUAUUCUGAACUGAAGAUCAUGAUCAUUGCAUUACUGCAGUCAGGUGUCUUAGCUGGGGCUGAAGCUGGACCAAUCAGGCCCCCGAGGACUGGAGCUGCCCAUCUCUGCUCUAGAGUCUAGACAAUCCUAUCCGCCAAUCGGGGCUGUGUAUGUAAAUAUAUUUAAAUUUCUAUCAACACGCCGACACGAUCAGACUGAGCAUUCCAAUAGCAAAAGGAGGCUCAGGGAACUAAAUUAUUAAACAUUUGAAGUUGUUUUCAUGAAAUAAACACAGCGAUUUAUUAGACAUCCAGUGAUGAUUUAAAAUUUAAAUGACUGCGUGGAGGCGUUAAAUGUUUGCCUAGAUCUGCAAGAUAGAGGCAAUAUGGUGGAAGCUUUACCACUACCAUAGAGAAUGAUAGAGGCAAUAUGAUGGAAGCUUCACCACUACCAUAGAGAAUGAUAGAGGCCUCUAGUGGCCAAAAGAUUGUAUUAGCAUGGGGCAGCACCAUUGAGGGCUUCCACCAUUUUAAUGUAGUCAACUGGAGGGGACUUCCAACUUCAUUGGCUGAUCCCUCCUGGUGACCCUGUUGGGAGUCAUGUGCAACCCGGGUCAUCAGGAGGUAUCAGCCAAUCGUGAAGAAGAAAAUGGACUACUUCAAAAUGGCCUCAAUGGCACUGCCCAUGAUGUCACAGACGCCAUAGUGGGACGGACACGAUGGGGCCUCUUUCCUUCUCUAUGACCCCCACUACACACGGAUACAGCCCCUUCAGACAUGUUAACGUCGAGGCACCCCUGGCUUCCUCCUAUGUGUAGAACUCAAUGCACCGGUUCAAUGUUUCUGCUGUGAAUAAAACCUCGGACUUA